GACGGUUUGUGUCCCGGAAGUGUUUCUCUUUACCCAACGAGGUCAUAAUGGCGGCUCGCUGCAUGUGAAGGGGUCGAAACGGGAGCCGGCUUUAUGAGACGGGAACAUGUAUAAAACGCCAUGUAGCAGACUGGCAGGUUUGGUUGGUGUAAACGUGAAACAGAGCUUAGUUCAAAAUGUUCCGCACUGUAACCAGACUGCUCGCAGCCUUAUUCAGCUGCACAGGAGAGAUACAUCUAACUGGCUGACGUACCAGCACCUUAACUUCCUGAAACGCCAGUAUGUAGCAAAGAACAACAGUGAGCUUCACCAACGUGCUAUCGCGAAACCGGCUCCUGCCCGGACCAUUGUGGACGAGAGAGACGACAGCAUUGAAAGACAGGUGCAGAGAAUCCCAACUAUUGAUCCUGUGGUCACAGAUACUGUUUCACAGCCAGAGGAUGUCACGAGUGAAGCACAGCCUGGAAUAUCAACCUUGAAGCCCAAUACAGAAGACGUGGCAGUACAGAAAGAUGCUAUGUCCCGUACGCUUGUGACCUCGGUCGAGACUCCCCAUGUCCAUGUGGAGACAGAUGAGGCAAGGGAGGCACGUCUAGACAGACAAUGGAAGGAGAUGAAGGUCGAUGUGGCUGACUUGCCAGAUAUUUACGCCAAGCUUGCCAAAAUCAAACUCACAGCACUGGUGGUUACAAGUGCAGCAGCCGGCUAUGCGAUGGCUCCGGUGCCCUUUGACCCCCUCAUCUUCUUCGUGUCUUCUCUGGGAACAGGCCUCGCCUCUUGCACUGCCAAUUCAAUCAACCAGUACUUUGAAGUGCCCUUCGACUCCAACAUGAACCGUACAAAGAACCGUCCGCUCGUCAGAGGACAAAUCAGUCCCCUCCAUGCGGUGUCCUUUGCUCUGGCCUGUGGAAUUCCCGGAGUCGCUCUGCUCACACUGGCAGUAAACCCCUUGACGGGCUUCCUGGGUGCCCUCAACAUCUUUCUCUACACCUGUUGCUACACACCGCUCAAGAGGCUCAGCAUCACCAACACCUGGGUGGGAGCAGUGGUGGGUGCAAUACCUCCUGUCAUGGGCUGGACGGCUGCUACAGGUUGUCUGGAGCCAGGUGCUUUGUUGAUGGGUGGUUUCCUGUACAGCUGGCAGUUCCCCCACUUCAACGCCCUCAGCUGGAACUUGAGGGAAGACUACUCCCGUGGCGGCUACCGCAUGAUGUCCGUCACCCACCCUGGCAUGUGCAAGCGGGUGGCCCUGCGCCACAGCGUGGGCCUGAUCGGCCUGUCGACCUUAGCGCCCGUGCUGGACGUCACCACCUGGACCUUCCCUGUCAUCUCCUUACCCAUCAACGUGUACAUCAGCUACCUGGCCUUCCGCUUCUACCGCAAGGGAGACCGCAGCAGCGCCCGCAAGCUGUUCUUCUGCAGCCUGUGGCACCUGCCCAUGCUGCUGCUGCUGGCGCUCACCUGCAAGAAGCCUCGCAGAGACGCCGAGGAUCCAGCUCUACCUCCAGCUUCUUUACCCCUCACGCUGCAGAGCUAACUAGUCUCAUAGAGGCUUAAACACUUCGAAGACCUCCGAGUCCUUCAUUUUAACUGAGAUACUCCCUCAGUGUCUCCCUUAACCACUCGCUGUGCUCGGAGGGGUCUGGAUGACGGACUCGUUAUUGUAUCGGUGUUUAAUUGAAGCCAGUGGCGCUCACUGUAGUUCAAGGAAAUGAGCUGGAAAUGAUUUGGAUCCAAAUAACUGAUCUACAGAAAACACACUGAAUCAUUUACAUGAGGUUGUAAUCAAUGCAAUGUGUGUCUGUCUGUGUGUGUGUACUGUAUAUAUUUAUUUAUAUAGGAGCCCACCAGUUCCUCUCCAUGUUGUACAUGACUGUGAUUAAAUAGCUUGUACAGUGUAACUUGCUCCUAUGGAUCUGCACAGGGAUCGCUGUCUGCAGAUUAUUGCAUUGUACAAAUGCAAGUACAUAUAUAACGGACAUGAAGACAUCAUGUAAUCACAACAUUCAUGUUUGAUUUUCAGUCAAUGUAUGAAAAUAGGACAAAUAUAAACUCUGAAGCAGCUACGACACUGGACUUGAUAUCUGUUCGUUGUGUUUUGACUGUCCCCUGAUCCCCCGGUACCUGACGGUUAGUAAAUCAUUGUAUUUUGCUACACAGCAAACGCACUGGUGGCUCUUUAUUCAUUUUCAUAAUGCUUUAAUUCAACACGGUUCACCUGUACCAAAACUAAGGGAAUAGCUGAUCCCUGAACGCAACACAAGGGCAAAUGUUCUCCAACAAUAAACAUCCUGAUUGUAAUUCUG